AUGGCGGUGCUUGUUGCAGGCGUGGUGCUACUCCACGUCACCGCUGUCGUGCCGUCGGUCAAUGCCGCUGACUUGUUCUUGGUGCCGCCGACCAAUUGGCAAAUGAUCGGAUCGAGGUCGUCGCAGGCUGUGUCGGAUGCGGCGGUGGGCGAUUUGAACGGAGAUGGGAAGAUCGACUUGGCGGUGGCUAUCGGCGUCCAUUACCGCUUGCUCUGGGUCGAAGGUGAUGGUGCCGGCAGCUUUGUGGGCCAUGACAUCCUCCCGAGCAGCGGCGUGGGCUCAUGGACGCCACGGUCUGUGGCCAUCGGCCAUCUCAACAAUGAUCCCUAUCCCGAUCUUGUGGUAGACUCGUCAGGUGUGAUCGUUCUCUCCAACGAUGGUAGUGGAACUUUCACCUUUGUAGUUAGACUCUCCUCCGGCACCUUCAGGAAUGUGGGCGUGGCAGACGUGGACAACGACGGCAAGCUGGACAUCAUUGGGAUCAUGCACAAUCCUAUCCCUUACUGGUACAAGAACGACGACAAUACCUUCAGCUUUACCUCAAAGAGCCUGCAAAAUACUGGUACCUACGUCAGGGAGUACUCGGUCUCCCUCGUCGACAUCAACAACGACGGGCGGACAGACAUCGCUUUCCGCGGAGACAACAACCACAUCAUCUACGCGCUGCAUCAGGGCACUUCGCCGUACUACGGAGCGUUCAUCAGCCUGGGCGUCUUCUCCAACAUCCAGGCCCAGACAGUGGGCGAUGUCAAUGGAGACAGCUUCUCGGAGUUUGUCCUCUGUACCUCGUCAUCCAUCUUCAUCAACUUCCUCGACGCGGCGGCCACCGCCUUUGACGCCACCAAGCAGGUAGUGAUCAACCAGGCCGUCAGCGGGAACUUUGUCAACAUCGCAGACAUUGACGACGACUCGGACAACGACAUCAUCCUUAUUGCCGGCAGCACUAUCGUCUGGUUGGACAACACCGAUGGCACCGGCUCAUCGUGGACGUCACGCGCGGUCACGACCUCUUCGGUCUCUGGCAACUCGUUCCGACUCGUCUACGACGUCGACGGCGAUGGCUAUCUCGAUUCCGUGCUGCUCACGAUCGACACGGCGGCGUUCCCGCUUGCAGCCGGCAGCAAGUUUGCCUUCUCCAUCACCCCCGAGAACGGCGGGUCGACGUCGACGCUGACGGUGACCAUCGGCGGCGUGGCGCAGAGGGUGACGGAUGUCGUCUUUGACGCCGCAUCCAAGACCUACACCGCCAUGUGGACAACGCCAGAGAAUGUCGGCUCUUACUCGGUCACCUUUGGCAUCGACGGCAACGCUGUCGCCACGCUCACCAUUCCCAUCAAGGCCAAUGUGGUAGUAGGCGCGAUGAACGUCGACGCUGCUACGGUCAACGGCGAUGGCCAGCUGGAGGUCCGUCGCGACUCAACGUAUGCGGUCCAUGUCAAGCUCGAGGACGCGUUUGGUAACCCAGUGCUUCUCUCGGCGACGCCCGGCACUGUGGUGCCGAUUCUGCCAUCGAAUCGGACGAUGUCUGCGUCGCUGACGCUAUCGUCGACGUCUGCGGUGGCGGAGGCGCCGAUCUUGGUGGUGGCGCGGAGCGAUGGCAAUGGAUACGACGCGGUAGUACAGGUGUCAACGGUUGUGGUCGGGGCGUACACGCUGGAGGUGGUCCUGAACGGGGUGGACGUGCCCGGCUCACCUGUGGAGGUGCUCUCGAUCUGUCCCGUGGGUACGUCACUGGAGAGCGGGACGACGUGCGCUACGGUGCCGUGUAACGCCAACUCGGUUCGUGUGGAGACGAUCAACGCCACCGUCGGGACCUGCCACUGCCAGGCCGGGUUCUAUGCGGCGCGACGCGACACCAACAACAUCGCGGUGUGCGAGAGCUGUCCGCGCGGCGGCGUGUGCGCCUUUGGCCUCGACCCGCCUGUGGCCCAGCCGGGCUACUACGCCACGUCCUUUGCCACCUUCCAUCGGUGUCUGCGACAGGCCGGAUGCGUGGGCGGCGAUGCUGCGUGCGCCGAUGGCUACGACGGCUACAUGUGCAACACCUGCUCUGCCGGCUUCUACUCGAACGCAGCUCGCGAGUGUGUGCAGUGCCCCGAGUCGUCGGGCGGGAUUUUUGCCGGCGCGUUUACCGGCCUUGUGGCCUGCGCCGUGGCGGUGGCGGGCGUGGUGGGCAUGGGCGUGGCCAAGGCGCGCGGCGGGUACGAUGGCGGGGUGGAGCAGCAGGAGGAAGCGAUGGGCAUCAGCUCGACCAGCAGCGAGACCUUGAUGCCGGCGGGCUCGGAGUGGUCGAGUGUGGAGAAGGCGGUCACGGAGCAGCCGGGCGGGGUGGAGCUGCGGCGGCGGACGUUGCCUGCGACGGUCUCGCAGACGCUUGUGGUGCUGCAGGUGCUGGGCAUCCUGGGCACGGCCGAUUUUAGCUGGUCGAGCUCGUCCAAGUCGACGCUGGAGGCGUUUAACGUGGCCAACAUCGACGUCAAUCUGUUUGCCUCCGAGUGCACGUUGGGCGACUUUCACACCAAGUACGCCAUAUCUGUGGGCCUUCCGAUGAUUGUGCUUGUGGUUGUAGGCUGUGUGCUUGUGGCGCUACACGGAUGCAGGGUGCUUGGGCUCGGGCGCGUGCCGAUCAAGAGCCUGUUGGACGCCGCGCUCUUUGCGGUCGCGCCGCUCAUCUACAUCCCGAUGGCACGUGCGACGUUUGUGAUCCUCGACUGCACACGGCUGCCCAACGGCGAGUGGGUGAUGGACGCCGAUCCGGGUGUGGCGUGCUUUGACUCGCGGUGGAGCUCUGUGGCGUGGCUCGGCGUGGUGGUGCUGUGCGUGUUUGUGCUCGGCGUGCCUGGGUACUUUCUAUGGUGUGUGGUGCGGCAUCGGACAGAGCUGCUGGAGGCAAGCACGUUUGCGCGGUACGGGGCACUGUACAAGCUGUAUCGUGUCCCGUACUAUUGGGGCGGAGUGGCAGAGCUGGUCCGGCGGCUGGCGAUUGUGGUGGCGGCGGUCUUUGUCUCGGCCCACAUCCUCCCGCUCAUCGCCUCGCUGAUUGUCAUCUUCACCAUCUCGGCCUUAACGGUUGCGCGGACGGAGCCGUAUUUUUAUCCACUGUACAACAGCGUCGAGUUUCAGCUGAACGUGGUGCUGAUGGUGGUGCUCUUUCUCGGCGCGGCAUCGUACGCCGAGCGCAACGUGGAGGGUGGCGGGAGCGACGCGAUCUUUGUGGGCGUAGUCCUCAUCGUCGUUGCUAUGGCCAUUAUUGCGCUUCGUGCCAUCGUCACUGACGUCUUGCAGAUUUUGCGCGAACGUCGCUAUGGCUACAACUAUGCCUGUGCGCGCGCGGUUGAUCUUGCGGCGCACGUCGAGCGUGAGAUGAUGGAUCUCCAGCCCAGCGUCCGCGAGCCGCUGGUGGCCGCGGUUGAGGUGCUGAGGGCGGGGAGCAUGAUGGAGACCGGUGUGAUGCACCACUCGAUGGCGAUGUCGACCGCAUCCAGUGUGGCCUCGUCGAGCAAGUCCAUUGCGUCGAGUUCGUCGAGGUAGUUACUGCACACGCUAUGGUAGAUGACUAUCAGCUGCGACGUCGUCGCUGUGAUGAAGGCCACCUCGUUGCGCGA